GGAAUAGAAAGAGCGAAGGGGAGAAAUGAAAUGAAUAGCAGGAUUAAAAUGAGAAUGUUUAGAUAAACAGAAAGAUAAGAGGGAGUAAGACAGAAAAAUAGAGUAAGAGAUAAAUUGAAAUAAAAGGCGAGUCAACAAAUUAUAACAGAUUUCUCGUCGUUCGGCCGUUCAUUCCGCUGUUAAUAUUGGUUGAAUCCAUUUGUGUGCCAAGAUGUGCUUUCUCUUAGGUUUGGAAAUGUUACCAAUUUCUUUGGUUGUAGUAACCUUCCUGACAUUUAUUACUACCUAUGUAAUUUCUGUUUCAAAUGGCCAUGUAACACCAUAUUUACCAUACAUCAGUGACACUGGUGCUAAAAGUCCUGAAAGCUGUAUAUUUGGUCAAUUAUUAACUUUUUCAACAAUAAUAGCUUUAUUUACGUUGUACAUUCGCUUUAAGUUGAUACAAAGUUUGGUCAAUGUUGACAAUUCACGGAUACACGUUGUCAAUAAAGUUUCUUUUGGUCUUGGUAUAAUAGCAGCACUAGGAAUGAGCCUUGUGGGAAAUUUUCAGGAAUCCAAUGUCCUUGUUGUGCACGUUAUUGGAGCUUUUAUGGUAUUUGGAAUUGGUUCAGUUUACGAAAUUUUCCAGACAAUAAUGUCUUAUAUGAUGUACCCCAUGUACAAUGGAAAGAAAAUUAUUAUAAUUAGAAUGGUGUUAUCUAUUUUCUCUGUAUUUUUCUUCAUUAUGACAUUCAUUGGAGCCGGCUUAGCUGGCAAAGAAUAUAAAGGUAACCCUUUAGCUUGGCGCCCAGAGGAUGAAGGAUUCUCUUACCAUAUUCUGAGUACCAGCUGCGAGUGGCUACUUUCUGUUUCAUUCCUUGCAUACUUCCUGACAUUUAUUCAUGACUUUCAAAAAAUCAAGAUCAACGUUGUUGGCGUCAUGUCUGUUACACACCUCGAUCAGUCACCAAGCAUCAUCGCAAACGAUGACUCACUAUCAAGUUCAAAUCAAAACUGUUUUUAAUAUCUAUUACAUAGGUUCCCACACAAAAUAUUUGAUUGAAAUAUUCCAUCACGUAUUUGAACAGAACAUUACAGAAGUGACUUAUUGUUAAUGGAAAAAAAAAUCAACUUCUUUUAAAUAUUAUUUUUUUAAAGAUUAUGAAUUUUAUGGAUGUAGAUUUAUUUUUUAUAAUUUAAAAUUUAAAACAAGUAUUUAAUAUGCUCAAAGAUUUAUGAAUGAAAAUAAUAUGUAAUAUAAUAUCAUAUGUAUGUAUACAUAAUUAAAAUAUUUUUAUAUAAAUCUUAAA